AUGGCGGAUCCAGGCACUUGCGUAGAGUGCAUACCUGACAUUCAACAUGAAGGGUCAUCAACGCUGGUGCAAGAAUACCCCGUCCCCGCACAACCGGCACACGACCUACUUGACGCUUCUACCUUCGUACCCCCUUCCUCGCCUCCGACAUCAAGUAUCACCAUCGAGUUCUGCGACAGAUGUCGCUGGCUGCAUCGCGCGACAUGGGUGUCGACAGAGCUCUUCCUGACAUUCCCAGCACCCAUCCUGCAGUCCAUCACAAUCCUCCCGCUGAACUCAGACGCGACCGCGGGCAGGUUCCGCGUGUGGCUGUUCCUCGCAGAUUGCCCACCUGUCCUCGUCUGGGACAGGAAGAUUGAGGGCGGGUUCCCUGAGCUGAAGGUCCUCAAACAACGGAUUCGAGAUAGGGUACAGCCUGGGAAGUCACUCGGGCAUUCUGACCACAAAUAG